AUGAAAGCUUGGGAAUACUUGUCUGGCUGGACGAACUUUUCUUUGCCAAAUAAUAUACAAAAACGGCUAUACAAGUUUUUAUUAAGAAAAGCCAUUGGCCAGUUUCUUCAGAACGAGCUUGACCUCGAAAACUUUGACAUUGGACUCAUGAAUGGGUCAGUGGAAUUAAGAGAUUUAGACUUGAACUUACAGACUUUAAACAAGCUUUUAAAUGAUACUCCGUUUAUACUUGAAGAGGGAAAAGUGGCUUGCAUCAAUGCUACCAUUCCUUGGACAACCCUUUGGAGUGGCGAUAUUUCAUUAAAGAUCCAAGGUUUACAUUUAGCACUAAGGCCCAUCAAGAAUAAGCCUAAAAUGGAUGAGAUUGAAGGAGAGCAAACCCAAGAAUUACAUGAAUCCAUCCAAAAAUCCUUUCAUACGGAUUUACAAGAUGCGGAUAUGGAGGGACUUCAGGUCUUGACCAAAGUCAUUGAUAAGAUGCUAGCCAAAAUAAAGAUAGAUAUUGUGGAUACUCUGAUACGUAUCCGUCAUCAAUCAGCUGUUCCCUUGGUACCCGCUGAUAGUCCUCUAGAAAGAGAGUAUCAUCUUGAUAUUUGUAUUCCUCGCUUGUCUUAUUAUGAUGAAACACCCGAAUUUAAUAGCCCAACAACAACUACAGCCGAACAACACCAUAUGGCAGAAAGUUCCAUCUUGUUACCUCCCACCAACAACGAAACCAUUAAAUUUAUUACCUUGACUUCACCAGAGAUCUGGCUUCAUUAUUCUCCUUCCAUAUAUACAUUACAGACCCAAAGCGAAACGACCCUUGGAGAAGAAUACGAUGAUGAAGAUGAUGACGAACUGAACCAGACCGAAUUCUUUGAUACCGAGGCAGAUUCAAUUUAUGGUUAUCAAGAGAUGAGUGGAUCUAUUACACCCAAGGGAUACCCAUCACCACCUUAUAAAGCGCUUUUAUUCACCACCAUGAAUAAACGAACUCAUUUACGCAUGAAACUUCGUCCUUCAUUAGAUGAUACCUCUUUACUACCCAUUAAACAAGUUGAUUUCUUAGUCACACAUAUGCGUGCCACCCUAACUCCGUUACAGGUAGCUUUUUUUAUCGAUUUGUUAGAUACCAUGUCCUUGGACGGACAACCUGCUCGCCCACAGAACACCGCCAACCCCACCACCGAUCCUUUACUGGAUGAUCUUGAUGCUUAUACAACCUAUACCCCACCCACUUUACUAGACCUUUCUCACCCUGAACGAAAAAUCAAAAUUAUCCUGUCUCUAAUCGAACUCUACAUUUUGGCGGACGAUGACCAUGUCCGUGAUUGGAAAGUUCCCUACAAGGAUCGAUCCCAUAUUAAAUUUGCCAUGGAGGGAACCAAUGUACGAAUCCAGCAAUUUCCACAGGGGAAUGCUACAUUGGACACAAAGAUUCUAAAUAUUGUGCUGGAUGAAUGGAUUAAGCGACCCAAAGAGAAACCUGCUUCAUCAUCGGGUAAGACAGAAACUCAGUAUGAGGUAUAUACCCCGAUUCUUCAAUUCGAUAACAGGAUCAAGUAUUAUUAUCGUGAUGACGAUUUAUUUCCCAGCUAUGAUCCUAGACAGCCGAUCCAUGAGGAGCAACAUGGUGAAGUAGUGCGUAUCAAAAUCGAAAGAAAGCAACCUCAUGAAAAGAAUGGUAACGAACGAAGGCCAUCUGUGUUUGACGAUUUUAAAACACAAGGAGUGCAACGGAAAGUACGUGUGCGGUGCGCAUUCAUUCGAAUCUUACUCUUCGUACCCGAUAUGAGCCAAAGCAGCACACGAGAGGAAUUUAACGAUACCUUCCAUGCGAGUCAAUUAAGUAUUGAUGUUAAGAAACUAGUGGCCCAUUAUUCUAAUAGCACCACCGAUGCACCUCCUUUGGGCCAACAGCAGCAUGAGAAUAAAAUGAGACCCACAAAAAUUCAUUUGGACCUGAAUUAUGUCAAUGUGUUUAUGCAGCAAGGAAAUACGGCAGAGACCUGGUUUACAGCAAAGACGGGACAAGGUAAAAAACUCUUCUCGGAGGGCGCGCUUUGUCCCACCAUUGAAAUCAUCAUCAUGCAAAACGAUAGUAUCCAUCCAACCGCAGGAUCUGCUCGAAGGUCCACUUAUUUUGGCGCUGGAUCGGACAUACCCAGUAAUUUGUUUCAUUUCUUGAAUCGAAAUGAGAAUUUUGAUGGAGAACAGAAAUUACAUAUACCCAUGGAAGAUCAAUCCGAGUCUGCCAUGAUAUUCAAGCAGAGUACCAUGGAAACUUCAAUGUUUGUGAUAAACUGUCAUUUACCUCAAACCAACAUGAACUUGACAAAGUCAAUAUGGGAUAAAGUCCAACUCAUCCAAAACGACCUUUUGUUAUGGCAACCCAAGUUUUUGUUACAACAACAACAACAACAUCAUAUGGACGACCUCUCUUCUUCGAUGCAUUCCUCCUCCAUCAUGAUCCAUCAACAACCCAUCAAACAGAAAACGCUGGCUUCCAUUCAAGCAGUGAUGAGCAACGGUGUAUGGGAUAUUCAUACCUCCGAUAUCGAUCAUUAUCGUUUCCAAUUUUCGGAAUUUCGUUAUUUUGCCGCCAUCAAACAUUUAGGAAUGAAUGAGAAUAUGACGACGCUUGAUAUUGAAGAAUUAUCUCUGACAGAUAUAUCAGACCCUAAACAACCCAUUCCAUUAAUUUAUAAAACAUUACCAAAGACAAUCCAUCCAAAGAAGGAAUCAUCCAUGCUUUCAUUGUUUUCCAAACUGACAUCGUACCCUGACGUUAACCGUAUCGAAAAAGAAACCAGCAUUGUUGCCUGUAACCUAUGUUGGAAAGCCACGCCCGAUAUUGACUUUAUCAAUCACAUUCUGGAUUUUCAAAAGGUGCCGCAGGAGAUGGUCUUUAUUGACCCUCCUACACAGUAUAUUAAAAUCUUUGCGCAUAUCUUGGAAACCUCCAUCGAUUACGAUCUUGCCAAAAGUCCCUCCCGCGUUAUUCUCAUCUUGGACGGUGUACAGGUCAUCACAAAUGUUUUGGCAGGUCAGCCUUUUAUCGAUAUCAAGACCUGUGUUCAGACCGUUGAAUUAUGCAUGAUGGAUGACACCAAGGACCUCGUCAAGAGUGAACGUUUGAUUGGUAAAACGUGUGAUGCGCGUAAAUACUGGUCCACCUUGGGAUUUGCAAACUUGUUGACUUUACUCAAUAUCGAAGUCUUUGUCAAAUUAAAACUGGAUGAACAUGCCGUGGGUCCCACCACAGAGAUCGAAUUACUCAGCUCAGAUAUCGGCAUGGAUUCAAGCACGGAUUCGUUUCAAUCUUUGCUAAAUCUAGUGACCUUUUGCGCAAACCACGGCGAUGAAGACAUUCGUGACGAUAGCUCCUCACCACCACCACCAGCAACAGCAGCUGCUGCUGCUGCAAAAAAGACUCCUUAUCGUCCUCACCAAACCAGACCGGGGAGUGAUUUGUUAGCCAGUCUGGAUGAAAAUGCAUUUCGGACAUCUCCUACAUGUAGCAAUAUAUCGCCACCUACCUUGAUUGAGGCACCUGAGAUGGAGGAAUUCAGCUACGUUGAAGAGUUUUAUAAGAGCGGUGGAGAACAAUCUUCUUCCAUCCUGAUUCAACCUUCGCGGCCUCCAACCAAGCCUCGUCGAAAACAACAUCGUAUACGCACGGCCGAAGAUAUCAUUCGUGUCUUGGUUUCUCCUGACCUAUCUGAAGAGGUAGAUCCCUUUCAAAUAGUGGAAGAUUAUUUUGGCAUUGAGAAAAAAGUCCAUGAACCCAAAUCCGCCGUAGAUAUCAACCAAGCCGUUUUAUCACUUCGUGUAUCCAAUGUGAAUUUCUGCUGGAAAUUAUACGACGGGUAUACAUGGGAAUACGUACGAUUAGAAAUGGCAAGCAAACAACAACAAGAUGGCUUUGGACAAGAAGAUAAAAAGACAAGGGAUGACGCCCAUAUGGAGAUCAAAUUGGAUUCCAUCUCACUUGAGUUUGACCUCUUGCCUCCCUUACAACCCGGCACAGCACUUUAUUUUCAUGGCUCGAUCAAAGAAAUUGAAAUCAUUGACAAUAUUAAGACUUCCAACUGGAAAAAGUUUUUAGGCUACAUGCGUCCACCUACCAAAGACGAACCCAGAGAAUUAGAUGCCUGUAUGCUGGAUAUCGAAUUCAUUAGCCUCAGACCCGUACUCGAUGACCCGCAAGAAGAGUUUCGCUUAAAAGUCAAAACGUUACCCUUGCGUCUUUACGUCGAUCACGAUGCAUUGAAUUUUCUGGUGAAAUAUUUCACCUUUGAUAAAUCUUUACUUUUAUCCACCGUUGCUGCCAAUGACGCCAUUGCACGUAACAACAAGGUCUUUAGCGAAAAAGAAGAGACAGGCAUGUUUUUUCAAUACGUAGAUAUUCAUCCCAUGACUCUUAAAGUUGAUUAUAAACCAAAGUACAUUAAUUAUGGCAAUAUCAAGGAAGGUCAAUACGCUGAACUUGUGAAUCUAUUCCAUCUGGAUGGAGCUGAAAUGUCACUUAGUCAUGUCAAAUUGACCGGUAUCAAGGGUAUGGAUGGAUUAUUAGAUCGUUUGGGUCAAGAAUGGUUACCACAUAUAAAAAACACUCAAGUCACGAAUAUGGUAUCGGGUGUCUCUCCUAUUCGAUCCAUUGUGAAUUUAAGUAACGGAGUAGCAGAUCUUGUCCUGUUACCCAUUCGACAGUAUCGAAAAGACGGUCGAUUGAUCAAAGGUUUACAACGCGGUACAUCUUCAUUUGCAAGAGCUACAGCCAUUGAAGCCAUUAAACUGAGCUCAAGAGUGGCUACGGGUACACAAGUGAUAUUGGAGCAUGCCGAUGGAUUCUUUGCUUCUCCUUCCACCACGGGUUUCACGGAUGAAGAAGAAAGGAAUUCAAUGGCGGUGGAUCAACAUUUUGUGUUUACAGAUAUUUAUGGUGUGGAUGUACCAACAGAGGAUACAUCUGUUGUGGAAGACACUGAGCUUGGCUUGACUGCAGAUACGAUCUUUGCUGUGCCUGUGGAAGAUGACCCAAAGAAAAAGAAUGCGUCGUCGGUGAUUCGAGCUGUGCCUGUGGCGGUGCUUAAACCCAUGAUUGGUUUGACGGGUGCUUUUCAAAGUAUUUUAACUGGUUUAAGAAACUCUAUCGAUCCUGUCAUGCGACUCCAAAGUGAGGAUGUAAGUAGUCUCUUUUUUAAUUGUUCUUCAUUUUGCUAA